AUGGCAGUCCCACCGCAGAAGAUCAAGCUCGUGCGCAUAGCACACGUGUACUACAAAUACCCGGACCUCGAAAAAGCCAGGGAAUUCCUCGUCGACUUCGGCUUCACCGAGGAGAAGCGCGUGACCAACGACGUCGGCGAGGACGACAAGAUCUACUUCCGCGGCUACGGCAAAGAGCCCUGGGUCCUCUGCGCCGUCAAGGCCGACACAGCUGGCUUCGGGGGCGCCGGGUUCGUCGUCGAGUCCGAGGGGGAUCUGCAUCUCGCCGCGGCCACGCUGCCGAGGGUUUCCGAGGUCUACGAGUUGGACGAUGCGCCCGGCGGUGGGAAAGGCGUGACUCUGUACGACCCUGUCGACGGAUGGCCUAUGCAUCUUGUCCACGGGAGCAAGAGUGUGGAUAUGUUGGAUAUCAGCCUGCCUCGCAUACGCCUCAAUUACCCGAUGGAGAAAACCCGGCCGCCGGGAGAGUUCCAGAGAUUCACGAAGGGGCCGGCACCAGUGCACAAAUUAGGCCACUGUGGCAUACGCACCACGAAUCUCGCGAAGGCGGACGAGUUCUACCGCUCGCGGUUCAAUUUUCUCGCCAGUGACUUCGUCCACGACGAGAAAAACACCAAUAUCCUCGCCUUCUACCGUCUAGACAGAGGCAAGGAAGCCGUGGACCACCACUCGUUCUUCUUGGUCGCGGCCACGUCGUCCAAGGUCCACCACUCGUCGUUCGAGACGCACGAUUUCGAUGUACAGGUCCUUGGGCACGAGUGGUUGCGCGAGAAGGGCCAUAAGAAUUGCUGGGGUGUCGGGCGUCAUGUGCUUGGGAGUCAGAUCUUCGAUUACUGGUUCGAUCCCAGCGGUUUUAUCUUCGAGCAUUACGUUGACGGAGAUCUGUUAACUGCCGAUGAACCGACGCAGCGCUCCCAGGCUGGUCCUGGGGCCAUGCAUGUCUGGGGUCCCGAAGUUCCGAGCUCGUUUUUGGAAUGA